AAGUCCAACCCUCCGAGGUCUUUCACGCAUUUACAGCUGCUAUAACGCAUCUGUUCUUCACACGAAAAACGGCCGUCCGUCACUGCAAAGGUCAUAGGUGAUAAAAAUGGAUGCCUCCUGUCCUAAACAAGCCUGCGCUCUGAGAUUAAAGUAAAAACAUUUCGUACAUCGGUACUGGAUAUUGGAUUAAUUAACGGUAGACAUGACUGUGUGGGCUUUUGUUCUGUUCCUCCUACAGGAUGUCUCUUAAAAAUACUUCUUCAUAUUUGCUAAGGCUGUACAUCCUGUACCCGAGUCCUGCGACUAAGAAGUGCUUGGUCGGUACCACGCUGCCCCAAAGCAGACUUCUACACUGUCUUACUCGUCCCUUGCGGUGCCGAAACCAGGACGAAUCUGCCCUGCCAUCCUCGGGUCCACGCGCGGGCGGCACUGCGCGGUCUGGACUUUCCGAAUCCGCUUGCUCGAGCCCCCCACCCCCUCCCGCGUGCUGCUGCAUGAGCGGCUGCCAUAACUGCGCGUGGAUUGAGUAUGCGGAGCAGCUGCUGAAAUGCUACAGUGGCGGUGGAGAGAAGGCCCUUGAUGCUGUGGAAGAGAAUGUUCAUGAUGAGAACAUGAAGACUUACCUUAGAAUGGAGAUUAGACUGCUCAAAGGCGAAUGAUUUUUCCUGUCUGUUUUGUGCAGUUCCACAGAUAAAACCAGUUUUUAUAUGUAUAUAAUUGUAUGUCGAACCAUGUAUAGAGAAGGUUUUUUGUAGAUAUGUGUUGGAGUAUUCUUUGGGUCAUUGGACCAGAGUUCCUAAAAGGGAAUCCGUCAUGUGUCAGCACCCAGAGAUGAGCGUUUUCUGUAGACAGAUCUAGAAUCUCAGUUUGAAAAUUUGGCUAAUGUGGUGUCUCAGGUGAAAUGCCUCUACUCUUUACACUGUGCCUGGUGCAACCAUAAACAUGGUUAAGCAUUUAUGAUAUUGCUGUAUUAUAAGUCCAUGUAGUGAGUAAAUAUAUUGCCCAUAUAAGGCCUUACAUUCUGCGCGGUCAUAGUCUAUCCGGGGAUGAUGUAAGAGAAAACACCGCUAUUUUCCUUUAUAAAUAUUUGUGUGUUUGUGUCUUUAACUGUUAAGAUACCUUUUAUAAGGAUUCAGUACUGCAUGCAAAAACCACAAGCAUAAAUAAUGUUUAGGGUCAUAACCAGGCUUGCCCUUAUUUUAAAAUCUGCAUGGUACUAAAUGGUGGAUGUAAGAUUUUGUUUUACCUGUAGGCCUUUUAACUUUUAAACUAAAUUUGGACACUGGACACCACAUGUGUGAUUUGAUUAUAAAACUAAAAUAGCAUUUUUAUUCUCCAAACAUUUUUUUCCAGGAAACUUCUAAUUGUAUUUAUUUAUUGAUAUUUAUUUAUUUAUACUGGGAUCUACAUGCAUGGAUUGUUUUGUUGUGUGUUGUAUUUUUUCCACCUCUGGGGGACUUUAUUCAACAACCACCCCGACUCCUCACAAGUCGUUGAAGUUAUGUUUUUAUUAUUUUGUGGGAGACCUCACAUUUGGAAAACAAUUAAAUUCACUACUAUUUAUGAAUAAAUAUUUCUAAUAAUUUGUGUUCUGUUUAAAGAAUUAAAUAGUUUUCAGCAUUUUAAGAAAAACUGAUAAAGCAAAACUUCAUACUGUACCGAUA